AUGAAUAAUAUUUACACUUUUCUUGUAUGCAUUUCUUGGUUUCUUUUCGUAUUCUUUGCAGCAGCAACAACCAAUUAUACUCGCAUCAGUAACAUCACAACUACUCAGUUUCUAAGAGACCCAGAAGCAUUAGCUUCUAGUAAUGGCAAUUUUAUGGUUGGUUUUUUCAGUCCAACUAAUUCGACAAAUCGAUACGUUGGGAUCUGGUAUAGUAACAAGCAGGAUUCAGAGUCUGGUAUAUCAGAAGUUGUAUGGAUAGCUAACAGAGAUAAUCCUCUAAUUAACUCUUCUGAUGGGGUGUUCGGAAUUUCCGAGAAUGGAAAUCUUCAAGUAUUGGAUGGACAAAACAAGAGCAUUUGGUCAACAAAUAUAUCUCAAGGUCAUCAGGCAAAUAAUUCAGUAGCUCAGCUUUUAGAUACAGGAAAUCUUGUUCUGAUUUCGAAUGUUAGUGGUGAGACCAUCUGGCAGAGCUUCGAUCAUUUAACAAACUCGGUGCUGCCUCCAGUGACGGUCACCCUUGAUAUGCAUACAAAUGGUAGCUCAUUGCUUCGAUCUUGGAAGAGUGCUUCGGAUCCAUCAAGUGGACGCUUCAGUUUUGUAAGUCUUCCUCGAAACCUUCCUGAAUUUUUCAUUAUGGACGGUUAUAAUCCAUGUUGGAGAUCCGGCCCUUGGAAUGGUAAUCUAUUUCUUGGAAUCCCUUAUAUGCAUUCAGAAGUUUCUAAUGGAUUUCAAAUAAAUAAUAAAAUUCAAGGUAAACUCGAGGUGUCUUAUUCAGUGGCGAAUCUAUCAUUGUUGGAACGAUUGGUGUUAAAUUAUGAUGGCAGGUUGUUUCAAGAGUAUUGGAGAGAUAGUAGCGGGAAGCGGGAAGUUUAUUGGAAUUCUUCUGAGUCUGAGUGUGAUGUUUACGGAAAGUGUGGUGUGUUUGGAAGUUGUGACCCCAAGAACUCACCAAUUUGUAGUUGCUUGAAAGGUUUCGAGCCAAAUAACAAGGAUGAAUGGAACAAAGGAAAUUGGACUAGUGGGUGUUUUCGCAGAACACCACUACAAUGUGGUACACUAGAAGGAAAAUCAGAUAAGUUUCUAAGGCUGGAGCACAUGAAAGUGCCAGAUUAUGCUUACUGGUUGUCUUCGGGUGGUCAAGAUGGUUGUGAGAGGAAGUGCUUACAGAAUUGUUCAUGUAUCGCUUUUGCAUAUUAUACAGGAAUUGGAUGCAUGAUGUGGAAUGCAAGCCUUGUUGAUAUACAACAAUAUUCUGCUGAAGGUGCUGCUCUUUUCAUCCGCUUGGCUCAUUCAGAAUUAGAUGAUGAGAGAUUGAUUACAGAAGGUGCUGUUCUUCUCAUUGUAUAG